AUGUCGAGGAGCAACACGCCAACGGCUGAGGCCUUGCAGCUCCAGGAUUCAGAGACUCCGGCUGGCGAGGAGGUGCAGCUACGCGUGCUCGAGGCAUCGGAUUCCGACACUUCGACGGCGUCGUCCGAUUCGGAGGACCAGACAUACGUAGAUCGGACCAAGUCUUCAGUGGAAAAGCUUCCGGAGGCUAAGCCUGCUGUCACACCCCCUACAAAGGUUCUGUUCCUCGAUGGAGUCCGCGGUCUUGCAGCUAUCCUCGUGGUCACGCAGCACUCGAAAGAGUACAUGCAGAGUCUUAAUCUCGGUGCUGUGGCAGUGGACGCGUUCUUCGUGCUGUCGUCCUUCCUACUCACGUGGCUCUUCAUGAAGAAGAGCAUGAAGCUGCUGGCUCAAGGCGCAGGUGUGCGCUCGUGGGCGUUUGCGUUAGUGGACUACUUCCAGAAGCGCUUCUUCCGCGUGUACCCGUUGUUUGCCCUCACGGCGAUGGUUGUGUCUCGCUUGCCGUUUGAAGACCAGCAUCGCUACUUUCUGGUCAAAUACCCGGGCGAGUUUGCUCUGGACCAAGUCCUCACAUUCGAGUUCAACCACCGACAGUUCGUGCUGUGGACGCUGCCCCUGGAGAUUGCCUACUACUUUGUGAUUCCAGUGUUUGUGCUGGCGAUUCUGAAGAUGAAUCGCUUCUGGUGGGUGGCGUACCGGACCAGCCACAUGCCUCUCAGGCCUCACAUCCCGACGUUCCUGGCUGGCUCGCUGGCCGCUGUGGUGUUCGUGAAACUGGACUUGUGGGUUAAAAGGACUGGGGUUGAGUUCCGUUGGUGGCAUACGCUGCUCCUUCGAGCUGUUGAAGGUGUGGUCAUUGCUGUGCUGCUGAGCGUCUGCUUCAUCGGACUGUUCUUCGACUGGGUGCACGCCAACCCUGUGCCGACAGCUAAAGGGUUCCCGUUCGUUAGCGCUCUGCUGACGACAAUUUUCGUGAUCGAGAUGCUCCGCCCGUCGUGCGUGUCAGCCAUGUUCGAGUGGAGCGUGCUGCGCUACUGGGGCAAGAUCAGCUUCUCGGUCUACUUGCUGCACUCGUUCGUGAUCUGGAACCCGACGAUCAGCGCGCAGCCCAAGUACUUCAACCGCUUGUUCGCGCGCGUGUUCCUGAUUUUGCUGUUGGCGACGGCCUCCUACCACGUGGUGGAGCGCCCGUCCCAGCUGCUGGCCCAGCGGAUAUCUCGCUUUCUCGCCGCUCGAGGGGCCAAACAACCCGGUGAGCGUGGACUCGUGAGGUUCACUUGCAUGGAGCGGAUCGCCAUGCGAAAACGGAGAGCUGGCGUGGAAAUGAAGUAA